AUGAGAACGGUAGUCACGGUCUUCUCCCUGUUAUUACCAACCUUACUCCUCCUCGUCGACUUUGCAUGCGCGCAGCCCGUCAACACGACCAGCAGCGACGAAUAUGAGUACAUUGUCGUCGGUAGUGGCCCUGGCGGCGGCACGUUGGCCAGUCGACUGGCGCGGGCAGGACACAAGACGCUCCUGAUCGAAGCGGGAGACGACCAGAGUGCCAAUCUGAAUGUCACCGUACCCGGCUACAUGGCAGCCGUGACAGAGGACAAGAAGCUGCGUUGGGACAUUUUCGUCAACCACUACAAAGACCAACAGCGCGCCCAACGUGAUCCAAAGUACGUGUGGGAGACAUCACCGUUCGAGUACCACGUCGGUCCCGGUGCUCCUGAUGGUGCUGAGCCACGCGGCAUCCUCUAUCCUCGCGCACAAACCAUUGGUGGAUGCGGCACACACAAUGCACUCAUCUGGAUUCUGCCCCACGAGAGCGACUGGAACAACAUUGCCGGCAUCACGGGCGACAGCUCCUGGAGUGCAGCCAACAUGAAGCAGUACGAGCAAAAGGUCUUUAGCUGGCUCCACACCCAGCCCACUGAUCCCACCAUCUUGAUCAACGACCUGUCGCUUGCGCAGCAGUACGUCGCUGGUGCUGCUGCUGCCGGCAUUGGACCGGACCCCAUCAAUGCGGUGACAGGACUGGUGAACCUGCUCUUGAACGACCCAAACAGCCAGAUCAAUCCUCAGCGCGACUCGACCGAAGGCUUCUUCCAAGUCCCGCUCACGAUGAAUGCAGGCACCCGUACAGGCGUCUACCAGCUCAUCAAAGAGACCGUCAAGCAGGGCUACCCGCUCACGGUGCAGACAAACACCUUUGUGACCAAGAUUGUCAUCGAUCAGUCCAACAGCACCGCACCGCCCAAGGCGACGGGCGUCGAAUUUCAAAAGGGAAAAUACUUGUACCGAGCCAGCCCGCUCAGCGUACAGAAGAACCCGUCCACCGCUGGAUCGGCCAAGGCGACGCGAGAGGUCAUCGUGUCAGGGGGCGCCUACAACACACCGCAGCUUCUGAAGCUGAGCGGCAUCGGCCCAAAGCAGGAACUGGAGCAAUUCAAGAUCCCCGUCAUCAAGGAUCUGCAGGGUGUCGGCAAAAACCUGCAGGACCGAUACGAGAUCCCGGUCAACGUACAGCACACCAAGGACUUCAACAUCCUCAAGGGAUGCACCUUCGACUCCAAGCCGCACGACCAAUGCCUGAAGCAAUGGCAGAACAACCCCUACAUCCUGGGUCAGCGUGGUGCGUAUGCUACCAACGGUCUGGCAGCGGCCAUCGUCAAACGUUCCAGCUACGCGUCCGACUCCAACACCGACCUCAUCAUCUUUGGUGGCCCAGUCAACUUUGACGGUUACUACCCAGGCUGGGCCGAGCAUGCCAUCGCCGACCACAAGCACUUUUCCUGGUACACGCUCAAGGCGCACACCCGCAACCACGCCGGUACAGUGGAGCUACGCUCAGCCGACCCGUUCGACCCACCGUCGGUCAACUUCAACUACUUUGACACGGGCACGACGGAAAACGGAGCCGACCAGCUAGAUUUGCAGGCCAUUGUGCAGGCCAUCAAUACCUCACGCAGCGCCCUGGCCGAGUACUCGCACUACGGUCUACUGGGCGGACCGCCAUUCACAGAAGAGGCACCAGGUCCAGCAGUGCAGACGGAGGCCGAGCUGCAAGACUACGUCAAGGACCGUGCUUGGGGUCACCAUGCUUCGUGCACAACGCCUAUUGGCUCCGAUAACGACCCAAAUGCUGUACUAGACGGACAGUUCCGCGUGCGCGGUGUUGAUGGACUGCGCGUCGUGGACGCCAGUGUCUUCCCUCAGAUUCCCGGCGUGUUCAUCCAAGCACCCAUCUACAUCAUCAGCGAAAAAGCAGCCGAUGUAAUUCUCAGCGCUGCCAAGUAA